AUGAUAGUAGACAUCCUCCACGACAUCCGCAUCUGGACGCUAUUUGCCCUCCUCAGCGGCGUCUACAUUUACAUCCAAAACCACCGGCGCCGCCCACCCUUCCCCGUGAUAAACACGCACGCAAACGAUUUCCUCGGCCGAAAAGCCAACCAAGACUACGCCACCAAUGCCUCCGCCCUAAUAACCACCGGCCUCACCGCCCACCCUGCUAACCCCUUCGCCCUCGCCCUCCCCAACGCCUACAAAGUUAUCCUCCCAGCUUCCCUAUCCAACUUCGUCAAAUCGAAUCGAGACUUGGAUCACAGGGAGUUGGUGUGUCAAGACUUCUACGCAGGGUAUCCCGGUUUCGAAGCCCAGGAUGUGUUGCACGCGUCUGGGGAUAUGUUGCUGGACAUCAUCAAGGCGAAACUAGGGCAGAAUGACAGUAUUAUGCCUGUUCUGAGCGAGAAGUUGGAUAGUGCAUUGCGCGUGCACUGGGGUGAAGAGAGGGAGUGGCGGAUGCUGAACUGGCAUGCUGACACAACGGUCAUAAUCGCGCGCGCUGCUUCGUCAGUGUUCGUUGGACCGGAGAAGUGUGAGGACGAGGAGUGGUUGAAGCUCGUGCAGGAAUACGUCAUGGCAUAUUUCUCUGCGGUGGACGAGUUGCAUGCGUAUCCAGCAUGGUUACGACGCAUUAUUCAGCGAUUCUUCUCACCCAAUGCAUCUGCAUGCCGGAGACAUGUCGCCCGCGCGAGGCAGAUCAUGACAGACGUCCUCGCGGAUAGGAAACGCCAGGUUGAAGAAGCGAAAGCAGAAGGUAGAGACAUACCCGUUUGGAACGAUGCACUUGCGUGGACACAGGCUGCUCCAGGAGGCAAAGAAGCGGAGGCGGGCGAUUUGCAGUUAUCGCUUGCGAUGGCGGCCAUGUUCACUACGAGCGAGCUGUUCAGACAGGUUCUGAUCGAUGUGGCAUCGCAUCCGGACGUUAUCGCGCCGUUGCGCGAGGAAUCACAGCAGCAGAUUGCGAAGCACGGCAUCUCGGUCGCUGCGACGAAUGGAAUGGUGUUGAUGGACAGUGUCUUGAAAGAGAGUCAGAGGAGGAGUGCGGCCGCAGGAAAGAAGAGCUAA